CGUUGUAUGGUUUCCAGCAAACCGUCAUGAACAUCCUGCAGAGUCUGCCUCUUUCCGGACACCUGAAGGAAACUUUGAGCAGCGUCAUGGACGCAGCCGUGAAGAACGUCCUGACGUUUUCAGUGUCGUUGCUGCAGAUACCGCUGGAGUACAUGAACAUAGCCUUACAGUUUGGAAUCAGAGUUCCGUCUUUGGACGACAAAGAGACCUGUGAGCAAGGAGACCUCAAGCAGCUCAUCAUGUGGGGGAUACACAACAACAUGAGCUGGUCCUUUGCUCCCUCCUUGGUGGACAUCCUCCUGGAACUCUUCCUGGAACAGGACAAGCCUCUGUGUGCUUAUGGAGUGCUGGACUGCCAGACUCCUUCGAUCAUGCCCUUCCAGCGCAGCCUCACAGAGGCAACCCGCGACAGCCACGACAUAUUCUUCAAGUGCGAUCGCCACAAUCUGGCCCAACUCAACGACACUGUCUGCGCUGACGUCCUCCGGGGUUCGAGUGCGGGCUCCUCCGCGUCUGUGCUCGCCCUCUGCCAGGCGCUGGGCUCGCUCAGUCCUCACCAGUUGGAGCAGGUGUGGAGCAACCUGUGCUCUGUCGUUCAAGCACUGGUGUCUCCGGUCGUCGGUGAGUCGUCAUACUGCGCUGAUGGCGACGUGAAGGACUCCAUAGCCACCGCGCCGCCGUCUCAGGCUGCACCGCGUCGAGCAGCCAGAGAAGCUCCCAACCUCAGACAGCUGGCCUGUAACUACGACGUCUGGAUGGAAGCCCUGCCGGCGGACGACCAGUUUGUGUCGCUGUGCAGUGAUAAUGACCGCGAGGAGUUUGUGAAGCGGGUGUGCAGCGAUGCUGACUUCAUGAAGAAAUUGCUCUCGGACGCGGUGAACAGCUGGCUGUAUGCGUACUGUGCCAACUCCUCAGCCGACUCCGACUACCUGGUGAGUCACUUCUGCGUCUACCAACAGUGGAUCGAGCAGCCCACAGGCCCGGUGGCCACCGUCUUACUGGAGUUCUGCAUGAACCUGGACGGUCCCAGAAUGACCUCACUCAUGUGUCAGAACAUACAACUCUUAGUAUUUGUACUUGCCGAUCCAGAAAACAUCCAUUUAAUGCCCAACUGCACAAACCUGCCCACUCCUCCUCCUCUAGCAGGACCUGACUUAGGUUUAGGUCCAGGUUCUUUAGGAUCAGAGUCUUGUCGUUACUCGCAGUGGCACGAUCUGACCCAGAUCACCACUGACGAUUUGAUGCACUGCACCAACUUUGAUCAGGCAGGUUUUGCUCAAGAGGUUUGCGGUAACUCGACAAUUAUCGACACUCUGCUUCAGGAUGAGGAGCAUGUGUGGCUCAGAGAGUUCUGCAACGCCUCCCUCGCGUCUCUGUCCCAGACUUUGAACAUCGCAGAAUGGUGUGACUACGACACAUGGGCGGGGAGGCAGGUGGACGUUUCAGUGGUCGCCCUCUGUUGGCAGAAUGAUCAGCUCGCUUUUCAGAGUAAAGUUUGCUGCCAAACGUCUGUGUUGGAAAAGCUGCUGCAGGACCCUCAGAACCAGUGGCUGGUGUCGGCGUGCACAAACAUGGACAUGCAUGCGUUACUGAAGGUGUGCAAAUAUUCUGACUGGUCAAAGCCCAUAAUCGUCGACAUGACUGAGCUCGCUCUCUGCGCUGAGCUCGACCAGCUCAACUUCACCUCUAAGGUCUGCACCAAUGGGACCAUCCUCCAGAAUCUGUUGGCCAAUCAGGACAACACCUGGUUAGUCCAGUACUGUGCCAACCAUUCCAAAUCAGCGGUAUCCCCGAGUGGUGACGGGGAAGACGGCGGCGACCCGACUGGAUUCAAACCUGCCGAGCAGUGCCAGUACUCCAGCUGGAGUAUCUCUCUGCCGGGCGUGGCACGUCUGACUCUGUGCUGGGAGAACGACCAGACCCAUUUUAUCUCCUCUGUCUGCCCAAACACUGCUCUGCUCCUCAAGCUGUCUCAGGAGUCGUACAGUGCAUGGGUGAGCAGCAUGUGCACCACCUUCACCAACUACACCUCUGAAACCACAACCCCCACCACCACCACCACCAACAGCCCCGCUCCGGAACCAGAUUCGUGCUGGGUUAGAAACCUGGUGAAGCAGUUCCACUUGAACUGCUCGGUUGACUUCGCCUCGGCCUGUCAGCCGGGGAUCAGUCAGAACCGGGUGCUGAAGAUGAUGGUGCACUGCUGGGUGGAGAGCCUGGAAGCCAGGGUGGAGGAACUCCUGACCGCGCCUGUGGCUGCGAUGUUGGAGCAGGCGCUCAGCACGACGGUGGUGUUCCUGUUGGCCGUGGAGGAGGUCCAGGCGUCGUCACUGCACAUCGUCAAAAACAUAAACCACAGCGUGUUGAAGUCUGUGGCUCAGUAUCUGGAGAAGGAAAAGGCGUUUGAGAACAAAAAGGUUCUGCUGCAGUGCUUCGGGACGGUGCUAACCAGCUUGAUGCAGGUACCGAGAGAUAUGACGAGGAAUGAAUUCCCAGUCAUAAAGGAGUACUUUAAUAUACCGCUGAGCAGCCUGACGUCAGUGCUGAGUGCAGCUCACGUCACCACAGUCAGACUGAUCCUUCAGUACUACAGCAGUCACAGAGACACACUGCAGUUGUCGGAUGAAUUCCUGUCCACCAUGAUGUCAGUGCUGCUGCAGACGCACGUGGUCAGAGAUGAAAGCUUCUUUCCUGAACUCGCUCCUCUUCUGGCUUCAGCCAACCCCACUGACAUCCAAGCUUUGCCUUCGCUGCAGAAUGACAAGAUUGUGACGAAUGCCAUCAACAGAAACUUGGCGCACAUGACUCUGGAGCAGCGGCACGCUUUUGGCUCGUGGUACAGCAAAGUUAUGUCUCCGUCAAAAAUCAUAGAGGGUCAUGAGUCACUCAUCGCGGACACUGGAGACCUGAUCGUCUACCUGCCUUUUCGCUACUUCCAACACCUCUCACAUGCUCAGCUGAUGAACGGGCUGGACGUGCUGCUGAGGAACAACCUCACCUCUCUGAAGCAGGAGUUCAUCGCUUACAGCCUCGUCGGAAACCUGACAGCCCAGGAUUUUAUUAGGUUGGGUAAAAUAUCAUGUCUGGCAGACCCAAAGGACCUGCUCCUGUACAAAGACACCGAGGCCUUCACUGUCAUCCAGGACAUUGUGAUGAACUGCACACAUGACGACGGGCUCAUUCUCCCCAACUAUCUGAUUUCCAGCGUCUUACUGAACAGCACCGAAUUCAAAGUCCCCUCCUCGCUCGGCGCCGAUCGUCUGGCAGAGAUCGCUCACCUCCUGCCUUUGAUGGGUAUAACCUUCCUGCAGGGACUGACACCGGCACAGCUGCUCGCCGCCCUCCCUGCUCUCAGCAACGUUUCAUUCAGUCCUGCACAGGCGUCUGUAAUCGUAGACAAACUGUCAUCCAUCACCACACUCACCGGUCCCAACAGACUGCAGGAGCUCGGCUCCCUCAUUGUGGGAAUGCGGGCGGAGACUUUACUGACGCUCACAUCUGCCCAGCUGCUGUCGUCCCUGCCCGCCAUAGCCCAACACUCACCAGGCCUCAGCCCACCACAAGUCAAUGCUAUUGCCUCCAAAUUAUGGGGUUAUUCAGAGGUGGUCAUUUGGCUGAAAAAUCAUCAGGUGGACACUUUGCUCUACGGCACGCCUCUGGUCAGUGUCCUGCCCAGGAUCAGCGUCCUUGUCAACGACGUAGAAAACAUAACCACGAACUUCUACAACACACAGCAGGCGAAAGCAAUUUUCAGAGAGGCACUCGAAACCAAACCAAACCUAAUCGAGCAACGUUUUCUGAGUCUGGGAACUUUGGGUCAAGGAGCGAGCUGCGAGUUUCUGAAGGAGCGUUUUCGGGCCGACAGGUCUCGGAAUGCAGUGGUGGAGAUACUGCAGUUCCUCAGGCAGCAGCCUCGUCCUCUGCACACGUCACUGAAAAAAUGCCUGAUCGAGGAGCUGUAUAAGUUAGAGUUCUUCCCUCAGCUGAUAAAAGAUCUUGGAGCUGAGCUCGCCGUGUCCAUGCCGGUGAGCACGAUUACCAAGUUCUCUACAGAUGACAUGAACGUUCUAAGGACGACGAUCCUUCAGGAUCCGCGUCACUUCCUCUUGCUGCCUCGGACAAAGCAGGCACUGCUGGUGGACAAAAUGGUGCAGAGCAUGGGUAUGUACACAGGGGUUUUCACUCAGGAGGAGUUUCGUUCACUGGGCAUUAUGUCACCGUUCGUGUUGGAUGAGGUCUUUAUUCAGAUGGACCGCAGCUUCUUCAUUGACAAUCUCAGUUCCCUCCUGGGACUCUGCUACACCCAGAGCAAGAUGAACCUCGUUGCUCUUAUCCUGCAAGAGCCUGCUGUCUUUGGGCCAGUCAAGACCUGGAACAAAGCAACUCUCAUUCAGGUGGACCGCUUUCUCUUCUUCCUGUCCAAGAGCACUCUGCAGGAGAUUUCCCCGGCGCUGAUGACCGUGGGUCACAUAGAGAAGCUGUUCAUAAGUCAGCGUCGGUGGGAACGUGGCGACGUGGGAGCCUCCUGUUUGAAGAGCGACGAGAGGCUAGAGUUGUUUCGGAAGCAGCAGUUUGUGCUUCAGUUUUUCCUGGGCUUCCUCAAAAUAAACCACCUGUCGUCACUGGAGAUGAUGGUUCCUACCUGUGAGAUUCUACAUUCAAUACCGCCUGCUGCCUGGCCCCCCAGCAGCCUGACCAGCAUGUCUCCAACCGCUUUCUCCAACUGUCUGGAGCUGAUGGGUCAUGACCCGUUCUUCGAGUCAUACCAACGCAGCCAGGUCCUCAACAAGGUCAAACAGCUGUACGGCCCCGUCUCCUCCUUCUCCCAGUCUCUGAUCUCUCAGCUCGCGGCACUGGCAGUAGAAAUGACGGUAGAAGAGCUGAGCAGCCUCCGGUUGGUGGAGCGGAGGAGCAUCGCUGCCCUGGGUGCUAUAAGUGGCUGGACCGACACACAGCUGGCUGCGCUCUUCACCACAGUGUUACGCUCCACCAGACGGGUGAGUCCCAGUCAGCUGGACUCCAGCACACUGGUGGCAAUGGGAUACAUUGUGUGUGGAGCGACGGCCGCUGACAUGAAGUUAUUCAACGCUGUGGAGUUCAGUAAGGCAGUGCUCUUCCUGGGUCAGCUGAGGCUGCCUUGCUCAGAGGAGCAGCUCGAUGUUCUUGUUGGUCUGCUGAGCCACACCCUCGCCUUUGGCACCAUAAGCUCGUGGGGCACUGACGUCUUCAUUGAGAUUGGAGUUCUGGCAGCUGGUCUCCCAGAUCUUGCCAUGUCAGCUUUGGUGAAAGAGCAAAUUGAAGGGAUCACACCCACGGCCAUCUCCGUGAUCCCACCCGAACGCUUUUAUGUGGCUUUAAACCACAGACAGAUCAGCAUGUUCUCCUAUGAGCAGGCGGCUGCAGUGACCGACGCGCAGAUCUCCGCUCUGUCAGAGGUGCAGAAGACGGCGCUGUCUUUGGCGCUGACGCUCUGGGAGAACCGGCCUGUGGACUUCAGAGGGAGGUCACGGGGGCUGGCGUUGAGCUACAGUCCUCUGUGUCUCACACUGGGACUGCUGAUGCUGCUGACCGUCCUGUCUGGCCCUGAUGUGCCCUGAUCUGCCCGGGCACAUGACCCCACUGACCCCUGCUGGUUCAGGAGACUCCUCCUCCUCCUCGUAACCGAAAAAAACAAAACUCUGACACUGAUCUGUGCAAACCUUUAAACAAGCAGCACUUAAGGAUUUCUGUCAAGAUAGUAAUUUAUUAACAUGCAGCACUAAAUGAACCAAAUAUAUUGUUAAAUAGACGUUAUAUUCAAAUGAUAACACUCAUGGAACUAUUUCCAUUUCACUUUAUUUAUUCUUUUAUAUUUUAAUAGAGCCCUAAUCUCCUGGUGUAUUGUUGACAGAGAUACUCAGAAUAAUCAGUAACGUUAUAGAUUUAAAUGUAGUUAAUCAUUGGUUCUUACCAAGUCAAAGCUGUGUUGAAAAAGAGUUAUAUAUUUUUGGGAAAUGAUAUAUUUUUAUCAGCUUUAAUCUUCUUACAUUCAUAUAUUGAUCGUGCAUUAUCUUAAAUCUCAUAAUGCACAAUAACUGUGGUUCUCAAAUGGAGGUCUGGGGACCCGGGUGGGGACAGUUUAUAAAGCUUUUCCAGAUUUUAUUAUAAUAAAAUACAAAGCUUCAAAAUACGAUGAAUAAUAACACAUUUUCUGACUGGUGUCUAUUUAGUCAAUAUUAUUCAAUAUUAUUCCAUAUGAGGGGAUCCCUGGUACCUUUAUUUAUGCUGCCGUGGCAGGAUUUUGCUGUGAGUUUUGUAUUGUUGUCCAUACUUACAGGUGUGAUAAAUAUAAAUUGUAAGUUAUUAAAUUGGACCUCUGUGCCUAA